AUGACGGAACCCAACGACCAAGCAACCACCAGCGACUCGGCUCGGAACUCUUCCUUAACUCCCGAACAGAUUAAACGAAUUGAGGAGAAUAGACUAAAAGCCAAGGCAAAAUUGUUAGCAAAAUCAACUAACGCGCCACAAUCUUCCAAUAAUACCACAACCAUCACCUCCUCCACUCCCGCCAGCAAGAAGGAUGUCUCUUCUCAACGUCCAAUUCGUCCAAUUAAAGCUUUCACUAAUUAUUAUGAUUAUGACCUCUCCCAAAUGGUUGACUCGCGCGGUGGAUUCCUCGUAGAGGAUAACGACACGUCGACCGCAGCGGAGAAACGUAAAAGUGAACAAAACCGACCAAAACCAAUAUUCGAUCCACCGUUGAGUAUCGAUCCGGCCGAGAAUCCAACGUGUAAAGAAUGUGGUAGCAUGGAGAUUGAUUAUAAUUGGAAACAAGUGUUUGGGGUGUGUGUCUGUCAGAAAUGUAAAGAAGCUAUGCCGGAAAAAUUCAGUCUGUUGACAAAGACUGAAUGCAAGGAAGAUUAUUUGCUGACUGAUCCCGAGUUAAGAGACACUGAAGUUCUCCCUCAUCUCGCUAAACCCAAUCCACACAAUUCAACGUGGAACGACAUGAUGCUUUAUCUUCGCGAACAAGUCGAAGCAUUUGCAUUUAAUAAAUGGGGUGGAGCAGAAGGGCUAGACAAGGAAUAUGAGAGGCGGCAACAUACCAGCAAAAAAAGAAAAGAGGCAAAAUUCAAGGCUAAGAUGGCCGACAUGAGGAAACGUACCCGAACCGAAGUUAUUGAGAAAAAACGGAAUCAGACCCAUAAACAUUCUUAUGGGACAACGGUAACUGAUCCCAAGACGGGAACUCAGACUCAGACAUGCACAGAAUGCGGACUAACAAUAGAGGUAUUCGAAUUUUGA